AUUUAGGGUAAAACAAAAUGGCAACUGGCGGUGUAAACGUGUCUAAAGAGUACGUGAGAGAACAGCUCCACUCUAUGGGCGUGAGAGACCUCUCAGAGAAUGACUUGGAGAGUUACACUAACGACUUUGCCAGGCUCAUUCAGAAGCACCUUCAAGAGCAGACUCCUUCGUCCCAGACUAGCACUGGAGAGUCAUUUAGCAGCGCCAACUCCAGUGUACUACCCUCUGGACAAGAAUAUCCAACUCCACAAGCUCGUCCACACCAGCAAAGAUCUGCCGUCUUCAAGACCUUCCCUGGAGACAAAGAGAACAGGGUGUAUCCAGUCCCAGUCUCAGCUACCCCCAGCCCCUGGAGACGUCCAGCAGUAGCUCCCACCACCACCACUGACACCGCCGCUGGUGACAGACACGGGACAGCAUACCUAGAGACAAGCUGUGAUGGUGGCGGGGAAGUAGUAGCUGAGACCCCUAUCAUAAUCACAAGGAAGAGGAAAACCCUGCGGAAGGUGAAUGGUGAAGCUAGAGUGUUUGAAGAGUCGUAUUCUUCAGUUGAAACUAGUCCGUCAGUGGGGAGUGUGGCCAGUGGUCUGGCUGAACUAUCACUCACCUCCCUGACACCCACUGACUCCAGCAGCUCCUCUGAUACAUCACUAUCAUCUUCGACAUCAUCAACAUCUUUUUCAUCAUCGACAUUGUCCAAGGACACCCGCAGACCACCUCACAGGACACAGUGCAAAUCAUUUAUCCGACCUGCCACAGCUAAUCUGUACACAGGACGACUCAAGAAACAUGAUCCUGUGGCCAGGUGAUACCCUGCAUGACACACACACUGUUUCCCUCCUGUGUGUUGCGACCACCACUAAUGUAUAGCUGGCUGUAUAGGUACCACUAUUGGAAGGAAGUAUGGGAGAAGGAGAAAUUCCCUGGCGUGGAGAGUAGGAAUGCUUUGAGAUGGCAAAUCAGAGUGAGUCAUCUACCUAUAAUAAACCAUGCAGUCAGUGGACACUCUAUUACCAUUGACACCUCUUACUGUGAAUAUUAUCCAAAGUGCCCAGUGGCAGAAUAAUUAUAGUGCAUCUUUACUCACAAACAUAAUGACUAAUGAGAGUCAACUUUGAACCCUGACCAAGUAAUUUGUCUGUUAUCGUAAUAAUUUAUCCAUAUAGGAACAAAUGGUGCAACAGGAUCUUCCUUUCUUUGUGGUAAGAACAAAGAGAAUUUAAAAUUCUGUUUUUUUCUCUGAAGUAUGUAUUGUGAUAACUGCCACUCCCUGUGGUCCCAGCCACAGAGAAGACCACUCCAGGUCAACAACUACAAGGUCCCCACUGAAAAGAAGCGGAGUUCACUUCGCUGGGAGAUCAGACACCAAAUGGCCGCACAACAAUGACUUAACCUUUUUAUAAUUGCUCUUUCUUUUGCAAUAAUA